AUGAAUGCCAUCAAUCGAUACGAGCUAUACGUUCUUGAUGAAGGGGAGAAGUCUGUAGAGGUGACUGAGGACACCAAAAUCCCUAAUGCCGCGACAAUCAAGAUCGUGAAGCAGGACCACACACUUGCGAACCUCCUACGCUCACAACUCCUCGGCUACCCGAGCGUCCUCUUUGCUGGCUACAAGGCCCCCCACCCUCUCCAACCCCAUUUCCUCCUGAAGAUCCAGACGGACGGUAGCAUCACCCCUGCCGCGAUCCUCGAGAAGGCGUGCACGGAUCUCAUCGGUAUGGUCGCGACGCUUGAGAGCAAGUUCAAGCGCGAAUUCACGAUGAACAACGUUGAGGGUGGCGUGCAGGAGGACGCAUAUGGCGUGCCAACCUCGGGAGCGCAGUGGGAGAGUGGCGGAUCGUACGUAGAUUUGGGUUAG